CCCAAGGGCUCGCCUUUCUCUCUUCACCUUCAUUUUCACUAAAACCUCUGGCGGGAUUCAAAAACCCUAAUCCAAGCUUCAACACACCAAUACGCCCAUCACUCUCAGAUUCCACAAAAACCCAGGUAAGUCCUCCUCCGCUUUCUCAAACCCACUUGGGAAAAUAGGUCACUCAAUGAGCUCUUUGGUUCCCCCAAUUUAAUGGGCCUCCCUCAAUUCCAAAGCACAAAGCUUUCAGAGCUAAACUUGAUUUCAAUUCGAAUUUCGUUUCUGGGUUUAUUGGGUUUUUCAAGUAGUGUUAAGUUUUAAGAGAUAAUGGGUACCAGCCAUGAACUAUAUAUCUCUGUUUGGUCCAAGGGUUUAUCACAGGUUUUCGUGUUGUGUAGUCGUAGCAAGAAAACUAACCGAUGGGUGUUUUGGUGGGAAUAGAGGGGAGAAUGGGGAUGGGUCUAUUGAGGAACCCAUAUCGGAAAGUUCAGAUUUUGAUCCAAUUUUGAAGGAGUAUGGUUUGUUAGAGAAUGAGAGCCAUCCCCGGGAGCAAUUCUCGGCGAGACGGAGCUUUUUCGAGAAUGUGAGGAGUUGUACUAUUAGGAUUCUUGAGAUUUUACAGCAGGAUGAACCCGGGUUUGAUGCGAAAGCAGCUCUGGAUGAGCUGGACAUAAAGGUUUCGGGGAUUAUUGUGAGGGAAGUGUUGUUUGAGAUAUUGAAGAUAGUGAGUUAUGGGAAUAAGAUGCAGUGUGCGAAGCUGGGGUUUAAGUUUUUCGUGUGGUCUGGUCAGCAGGAGAAUUACAAGCACACUGCGGACGCGUACCAUUUGAUGAUGAAGAUAUUUGCAAACUGUGAGGAGUUUAAGGCAAUGUGGAGGCUACUUGAUGAGAUGAUUGAGAAAGGGUAUCCAACUACGGCACGGACGUUUAAUAUUUUGAUAUGUACUUGUGGUCAGGCAGGCUUGGCUAGGAAAGUGGUGGAGAGGUUCAUAAAGUCGAAGACGUUUAAUUUUAGGCCAUUUAAACACUCGUAUAAUGCAAUUUUACUUUCCCUUCUUGUAGUGAAGCAGUACAAGUUGAUCGAGUGGCUCUAUCAACAGAUGUUGGCAGAGGGUUACUUGCAGGAUAUUCUGACAUAUAAUAUUAUGAUGUGUGCAAAGUAUAGAUUGGGGAAGUUGGAUCAAUUUCACAGAUUACUUGAUGAAAUGGGUAGGAGUGGAUUCUCACCGGAUUUUCAUACUUACAACCUUCUUCUUCAUGUACUUGGUAAGGGAGACAAACCACUUGCAGCUCUUAAUCUUUUGAAUCACAUGAAGGAAGAAGGUUUCGAGCCAAGGGUUCUUCACUUCACAACAUUGAUAGAUGGACUGAGCAGGGCUGGAAACAUGGAGGCCUGCAAGUAUUUUUUUGAUGAGAUGAUAAAGUACGACUGCUUGCCUGAUGUUGUAUGUUAUACUGUAAUGAUCACUGGAUAUAUUGUGGCUGGGGAACUUGAGAAGGCUCUAGAGUUGUUCGAUGUGAUGGUCACUGAUGGUCAGCUUCCAAAUGUAUUCACAUACAAUUCUAUUAUUCGUGGGCUUUGUAUGGCAGGAAAAUUUGAGGAAGCAUGCUCCAUGCUUAAAGAGAUGGAAUCCAGAGGUGUUAAUCCAAAUUUCACUGUAUACAGCACACUAGUAAGUUACUUGCGAAAUGCUGGAAAGCUUUCUGAAGCACAUGAAGUAAUAAGACAGAUGGUAGAGAAGGGGCAGUAUGCCCACCUGCUUUCCAAUCUCAAGAGGCAUAGAAGAUGUUGAAGUGGCAGAUUCUUUGAUUUGUGAAGUAUUUACUUCCCAUAAGAUGAAAUUAAUUUGAUCCAGCGUAGUUUACAUAAUGUAGCUCCUGGCUGUCUCCAGUGACACCAUGUACAACAGCUUGUUUCAGUAAUCAUGGAAGGAGAAAAGUGAAGUACGCACAACUUGUCUUUGGCUUCUAUUUUCCUGCAAACUGAUUGACAUAUAUAAAAUGCAGUUUGUCCAUGUUUUCCCUCA